CAUCUCAGGUCGAGGAAGACAGUGACAACAUCCCAACCCCCAAUCCACAUAUUUUGAAAUUUUCACCCUCACUACUGCAAAACGAGGCUGAUUUUUGGUCCAUUGACCUCGGAAGGGAGACAAGCAUGGAGGGCACAGGAUACAAGGAUGGGACAGCCAUAUUGCAAGCCCUUCUGAAGACAAGCCAACAAGGACAGACCAUAACUUUUCCCGGCAAUGAAGAGCGGUUCAGUAGUGCGAUGUUCAGCUCAGAGGUCAAGGUGGAGGUGGGACCAACAGACCACACAUCAGGGUCGUCGUCAAUCACAACGCGCAAUAUCACCAAUUAUCCAUGGGAUCACCAAUACCUGUCAGGAAGCCUAGUGGCCCUUCACUGCUCGGGAGAGUACCUUGCCUAUGCUAUCAAGGCCCCACAGAAGUCCAGUGGAAUGGUGAGAAUAAUCAACCGAAAAUCAGGGGACCGUGGCCUGGUGAAAAACAUUCGUGGAAUGGUGCGAGACCUUGCCUUUGCACAUCUCAACCAGAGAGUCAUAUUGGCCUUUACAGACCAUUACGGCACUCUCUACGUGUGUGAAGUGUCUGCGUCCAGUACAGAAGGAUCACUUGACACGGAACUCUUGUUGGAGGUGAACAGCACAUCAGAUGAAGCCAGUGACAACCAUCGCAUCAUUUGGUGUCCGUACAUCCCUGAUGAGCAAGGAGGCGAGGAGGAUAUAGAUGACCCUGCGUACCUGUUAGUUCUUACACAUGGCAACAGAGCGGAGAUAUGGAACAUCAAUGUUGUUCUGCGUGAAUAUGGAAAGGGCCAGAUCAUGCGUGACAGAAUAUUAACUGGUUACCAACUCAUGGAGCAGCACUCAGCACCCAUCACAGAUGCUGCGUUUAGCCCUGAUGGUACAGCUUUAGCAACAGCUGCCCGGGAUGGAUUUGUUAAGUUCUUCCAGGUAUACAUGGCAGAUGAAGAGAAAUCGCCAAGAUGCCUUCACCAGUGGAAUCCCCAUGACGGCAAGCCACUCUCCGCGCUCUUCUUCCUUGAUAAUCACAAAAAUCCAACCCCAGAGGUUCAGUUUUGGAAGUAUGCCGUCACAGGUGCCUGCAACAAUUCUGAGCUGCGUGUUUGGUCGUGUGAAUCGUGGCAGUGUCACCAGACACUACGCUUCGUCCCUUCCCCGUCCCUGGGUCCCCUCAAGUUCAAGGCUGCCAUGGACCCCUCUGCUAAUUUCCUCCUCCUCUCAGAUAUCAACCGCCGUGUCAUGUAUGUGAUUGUGGUGUGCCAAGAUGGUAAUGCCAACAGCGGUGGAAGUGUAGGGAAUAGUGGCGGAAUAGGCACCAGCGGAAACUGCAUCGGUGUCAAAAAUGGUGGUGGAAGUGGUGGCAGUGCCCGGCUGGUGUCAGUCUCAGAGCUCCCUGUGCAGUACCCUGCCCUCUCUUUGGCUGUGACAGAUGCAGCAUGGAAACCCUACAAAAGGUGGAAACAUGACCACGCUCAUGAUCAUGCGCACAACAUUCAUGAUGAUGGUGAUGACGACGGAGAUGGAGUUGAUGUUGUUGAAGGUGUUGUGAUGCGUUUCGUCAUCAUCAACACCAAAUCGCUACAGGAAGCAAUAUUGAGAUUCCAGCCAGCCAUUCCCUUGUCUGCGUCCAAAGCUACAACUUCUUUAGACUUGAGUGCCUCGCAGGAUUCUAUUGAGCAGACUCGAGCGCUGACGUCGCAACACCCUGCAUUGCACACUCCUCCUGCCACACAGCCUCCAAUGAACCUGCUCACCCCAGACUCCUUCAGUUCCCCUCGCAAGCCAGAGGACAUGGAGCAUCCUGAUGAGAACAGUGAGGACAGUUCUCUCUCAAGCAAGGUAACACCCAUAUCCAGCAAGUAUGAUGUACCCUACAACACCAACUUUGAGAAUGCCACACUCUCUCUGCUAUUGCGAUGUGGUUCAGGUACACUAAUGCCUGGCAGUGAAGGUGAGGGGGCCAACAACCUCAAUAUCUUGGGGUCAGUUGUCUCCGGAUCAUCCAAGUCUCCCCCAGCCACUUCUCUGCCCCCUCCCCCCUCUGGGACCCCUCCUCCCCUGGAUUUCCAGAAUGCUGAGGAAGCACCACUAGCCACAUCAGAAGUGUCUGUGACUGCGGCUGCUGGCCGUGGGGGGGCCAGUGCCACGUCUUCACCUUCCUUGGAGGUUCAACAAAUCCUUCACUCUCAAAAUGGUAAGAGUUCAGACUAUGCAGAGGAUGAGGACGAGGAAGAUAUCAGAGCGGCAGAUGAGGUUGAAAUGCCUGAUGACGAUGAAGACGAGGAUGAUGAUGAGGAGGAGGAUGAACCAGAAGCCCUGAGGCAGGCUCAUUCCCAUCCCAAGCCUCCACCUCUCCCUGAACCCCAGACGGUGCCCCAGCCUCCUUCGUCGCUGGCUCAGCCCACACCCACUUCCAUAGCAUCUUCUCAUUCCUCAAUGCCCCAGCCCUCGUCCCUGCCCCAGCCCCCAUCGUCCAUGUCACACACCUCAUUGCCGCAGCCUCCCCCUCCUGCCAGCCAACCCAGCUCCUCUAUGCCACAGAUACCCCCUGUGUCUAUACCCCAGCCCCCUCCAUCUAUGUCACACCCACCUCAGACAGUGCCAAAAUUGCCGCUAAAAUCGCCACACCUACCAGAAGCGUCUCCGACACAGUUGAAUCAGUUGACACAUGCACAUGAUACACAGAAAUCUAUGGCCUCUGCACAGCCUGUCGAUGUCUAUCUGUACAAGUAA